AAUGCUGGGUGUGGUUUGCAGAACAGCGCGUGCUAGCGUAGCUUCAGUCUGUGUCAGUGAGAAUAGCGUGCGGUUGUGUGUGUGUCGAGCUCCGUGUGCGCAGAGACACCGGCUGUUCUGACUGUCGGCGGCGGCCGGCGCCUGCCUGUUUGUGUAGGGAAGGGCACGUUCAUCACCUACCUGCUCUCUCCUUUGCGCUGCGGGGUCGAACUCACUGCUGCAGCACACCCAUUCCUGAUGAGUCUAUUGUGAGUCGGCGAGGUGUGAAGAAGCGGGAAGAAGAGAAGCGAAGGGCAGCAGCAAGUGGCAUCCUUGUGAACCAUCUGAAACUAUCUGCAUAACCAAACAUUACACCCACUGAUUUUACUACUACUUCAAGUAAUAUCCAUUUAGGAAAGCGCCACUUUACUCCGCCUUGGUAGUUGACGAAGAUGUGCAGUUCCAGCGGCCGCAUCUGGUUCCUGACAGACCGCAGAAUAAAGGAUGACUAUCCCCAGCAGGAGAUCCUCCGAGCUCUUAAAACCAAAUGUUGUGAAGAGGACCUUGAUUUCCGAGCACUUCUUAUGGAUGAGGUGGUGUUGACGGUGGAGCAAGGAAAUUUGGGUCUCCGUGUGAAUGGGGAGUUUAUAACGUCCUAUCCCCAGGUCGUUGUGGUGCGUGUGCCCACCCCAUGGGUGCAGAGUGAUAGUGACAUCACAGUGCUCCGACACCUUGAGAAAAUGGGCUGUCGUCUGAUGAAUAGACCUCAGGCCAUUCUGAACUGUGUCAACAAGUUCUGGACAUUUCAGGAGCUGGCAGGUCAUGGAGUUCCUCUUCCGGACACCUUCUCCUAUGGUGGUCAUGAGAACUUUGGAAAGAUGAUUGAUGAGGCUGAAGUGCUGGAGUUUCCUAUGGUGGUAAAGAACACUCGUGGACAUAGAGGCAAAGCAGUUUUCCUGGCUCGGGAUAAACACCACCUGUCAGACCUGAGUCACUUGAUCCGUCAUGAUGCCCCCUACCUGUUCCAGAAGUACGUGCAGGAGUCACACGGACGCGACGUAAGAGUUAUCGUAAUCGGAGGGAGAGUCAUCGGGACCAUGUUGCGCUGCUCUACAGACGGAAGGAUGCAAAGUAACUGCUCUCUAGGAGGUGUAGGAAUGAUGUGCUCACUUAGUGAACAGGGGCGGCAGUUGGCUGUGCAAGUCUCCAAUAUUCUUGGCAUGGAUGUUUGUGGCAUUGACCUGCUUACCAAGGAGGAUGGCUCUUUCUGUGUAUGUGAGGCUAAUGCCAACGUGGGCUUCAUUGCCUUCGACAAAGCGUGCAACCUGGAUGUAGCCUCCCUCGUGGCGGACUAUGCUAUCUCGCUGCUUCCAAGCAGACUGACCCGCCGAAUGUCUCUACUUUCAGUCGUGUCCAGCGCAAGCGAGACCAGCGAGCCGGAGUUAUCUAUAGUGCCCUCCAGCACGGGGGUCGAUGUGCCCGUUCCACUCCAUCAUCAUCACGAGGCUGGAGACAGCAUGAGUGCCAGCUCCAGCUCAGUGGACAGUGAUCCUGACACUGCCACGGAGAGGGAGCUUCUCACAAAAGGAACCAUCUUUAACAUGAACCAGCUUCUUGCCAGUGAAAUCAAGCUUCUGGUGGAGUAGAUUUACAGGGGGGAAGAAGAAAUGUUAGGGCAAUUGUAUUGAAGGGUGGGGGGAGGCAUUUGGGUAAAAGCACGUGUAAAUAUUGAAAGGGGGGGGGGCUUUAAAAUUGGUGUUUAAAAGGGGCAUGGGAGGGCUGUUAGAAGAGGGGUGGGUAUUGGGUUUAAGCCCUCCUGCUAUGAAUGAGGCGGUUCCACUGAGCUAUGAAUUGGGGAUGGGGUGGGUUAAAGCAAGAGAUACAGGGCUUGAGAGUCCACCUCUUCAUUAUUGCAAGGGAAAGACUCCAUGUCUUCAGCCACUUGAAAUGUAUGAAUGUGUCCAAAUGAAAUGUGGAAUAGAGUGAAUGCGCAGCCCUCCCCAUAUAGAAAUAAUAAUCAUCUACAUUGAAAUGGGCCGGAAUAUUUUUACUGCUCUGUGGACAUCUCCACUACUUGCCAACUACCAUAGAGUCAUGUUGCCUUUCUCAACUGUUCUAUCAUCAAGCAAUGCAACGGUGUUCUGCAGGACAAAGGAAGGAAAAGGUGAUUGUUUUAAUGUUGUGAUAUGGAAGGGCAAGCUGCAACAUUUAUACACACACUGAUAUACAGGCACAGUCUUCUCUCAGACAGGAAUCCGUAUGGCCUAAAACACUUUGUGUUUGUGCAGUGCUUUUCAUUGUCAGUCCAAUGUGUUCAAGGGAGCAACUACCCCAACCAAAAACUCCCUGUGCUUCACGUGUAACGUGACUCCCACAGGUGUAUAUUGUGCACAUUAUAUCCAACAAAACACUGAGCAAGCAAAGGGGGCAAAAUAGGAAUUAAAUUGUCACCUUUAAUAAUCCAUCUUUAAAAAAUCCAUCGUAAAACAAAUCCAAAAUAUCCCAACAUUGUGAAUCAUAAGCUCGACACGUUUCGCUUCUUGCCACUUCCUCAGAAGCGAUCAAGCCACGAAACGCCUAUUAUCCACAUUGUUGGGAUAUUUUGGAUUUGUUUAAAGAUGGAUUAUUAAAGGUGACAUUUUAAUUACGAUUUUGCUCCCUUUGUUUGCUCCGUGUUUUGUUGGAUAUAAAAGUGCUUUUCAUCGUUCCUGCCAAGGGGUUCUUUUUGGCAGCUGCCUGUUUAAACUGCCACAGCUACCAUGGAGACUUUGCCAUAGGCCGAGAGCCAUAUGUAACCGUGGCAAUGGGUAAGUGGGCACUGAAGCCUGUUGUGUUUUAAGCCAUACCAAUGAGGUUCCCAUCUUUGCUACGUGUUAAAGGGGAA